AUGGACAGUAACACGGACAUCGAUGACAACAGUCAACGGUUGAAGAAGCUUACUAAAAAGCUCGCGGUUAUGUUCAUGCAAUCCUUCAUCACGGCGGUGUUCGUGUUCGUCCUGGCGACGUUCACGUAUUACCUGCACUUGAGGUGCAAAUCCACUGCAGUGCCGGUGUCGCCGAAUACUUUUAAAUUCUUGUACUACGACGACAUGGGCGGAUCGGGAUUUCACGCCUCGGUGCCGGAAGAGCAGAUCGUCAACGUCACCGCCAGAGAGUUCUGUUCCGUCGUAUCCAGGGACCUGUACUCUCUAGAACAGAUGGGCUACGUGGACGAAACCCGCCGGGUGUCCAAGCUGCUGUCACUGGACCUCGGAGGCGCCCAGGACGUGCAUUACGUGUUUGUCAACACCACGCACGUGCCGUGGACGGUCGCUUGUUCGUUAGAGUCGGCCCUAGGUGCUGUUGGCCAUGUCGGCCGCGUGAAUGUGUUCGUUGUCAGUGGAAUGGAAUUCGAUCGAACAAAUAACAAGUGCGACGCGACGGAGCCGGUGAGUAAUUUCUCAAUAUAA